GGGAGCUCCCUCGCCGGGUGUUCGGCGGACUGAUGGAGUAAAAGGGUCGGCUGUGAAUGUGUGACGUUGAGUGCUUCGGAUUUGGUCACUAUGGUACGAGAAAGAAAAUGCAUAUUGUGCAACAUUGUGUACAGCUCAAAAAAGGAGAUGGACGAACACAUGCGGAGCAUGUUGCAUCACAGGGAACUUGAGAACCUGAAGGGCAGGGACAGUAGUCAUGAGUGCCGAGUGUGCGGGGUCACAGAAGUGGGUCUUUCUGCAUAUGCAAAGCACAUUUCUGGCCAAUUGCACAAAGAUAACGUUGAUGCCAAGGAAAGAGAAGAUGAUGGAAAGGGAGAAGAAGAAGAAGAAGAAUAUUUUGACAAGGAACUCAUUCAGUUAAUAAAACAAAGAAAAGAGCAAAGUCGGCAAAGUGAACCUUCCAAUAACAGCCAAGAAAUAAACUCUGAUGACAGGCGACCCCAAUGGAGACGAGAAGACCGAAUCCCUUACCAAGACAGAGAGAGUUACAGUCAGCCCGCAUGGCAUCAUCGUGGACCUCCACAGCGAGACUGGAAAUGGGAAAGUGAUGGCUUUAAUAAUACUAGAAACAGCUUUCCUCAUCCUUUGAGAAAUAGUGGUGGACCAAGAGGACGCUCCGGGUGGCAUACGGGUGGUGCAGGAGGCUCCUCUCCUUGGUUUCACAACCAUAGUAAAUCUGGAGGUGGUUGGCAUUCAAACAGUGGGACGGUAGAUUGGAAUCAUAACAGUACAGGAAGGAAUUCCAGUUGGCAUUCUGAAGGAACAGGUGGCUUUUCCAGUUGGCAUAUGAAAAACAAUAACGGAAACUGGAAAUCCAAUGGACGUGGUACAAAUAGUUGGAAUUACAGUGGCCCUGGAGACAAAUUUCAGCCAGGCAGAAACAGAAAUUCUAAUUGUCAAAAGGAAGACAUGAAUAUGCUAUGGAACAAGAAAUCUAUAAAGUCAGGCAAAUACAAUCAAGACAGAUACAGUUGGCAGCGGAAGGAAAAUGACAUAGUUGGCACGGUUGCCAAGUAUAGAGCACCUUCUGAAGCAUUUACAAAUGAUAAGUUUCCUUCAGAAGGGUUACUUGACUUCAAUUUUGAGCAGCUGGAAAGCCAAACCACUAAACAAGCAGAUGCUGCAGCUUCCAAAAUCAGUGGAAAGAAUGGCAGUGUAGCACGGGAAAAAUCCCAUCGCUGGACUCCUUACCCUUCCCAGAAGACUCAGGAUUUACAAUCAGGAUUGAAGGAAGUCACUGGUAACAAGUCAGAAGUGAUAGAUAAGCCUUUAUUUGAUUUUAGCUUGAUCACAGGAGUAAAAGAAUCCCAAACUGAUAAAAUGAAUAGUUUCCCAACACAGAAAACACAAAAAGAAAUGCAUACUGGAUCUCAUAGUCACAAAGCUGCUUCUGACUGCAGUGCUUCCUGUGAGGUGGGAAGAGAUGGCUCCAUUACUAAAAAACCUGAACAAGGUCAUAACUCAAAUAAAAUGCCAUUAUUGAAAUCCCCUCUCCUUCCAAUUCCAGCCACUAAAUCAGUUCCUCAGAAGCAUGAGUUAAAGAAUCACUCAAAAAACACUAAAACUAAUUCUUUUUUUCCUGGAGAACACUCAGAUCCCUCAAACAAACCCACUGUGGUAGAUAACCAUAGUUCUUCAUACACACCCAAAUUGCAUAGUUCAUGUCCUCGUGUUUUAAAAGGGAGUAAAAGUACACUGGGCACUCAGAAGGAAUCUGAUGAUAAUAUAAAUGAUACGUUACAAAAGGCCAAAGAGGUACUACAGUGUCAGGAGUCACUGCAGAAUCCCGUUCUUAGCACUUCUGAAAGGAACAAGAACUAUGCAAAAGCAAAUAGGAAUGUAGAAGAGUCUGAGAAAGAAUCUUUGAAGAUUGAGUUUCAGGUCAACAGAAUAGAAGAUGAGAGUGAUGGAGAGGCAUCUGACAUGGAAAAACAUGGAACGAAAGUUGGAACCCCAGGUUCCCCACCUACAGGAGUUUUAUCCUGUAGCACUCACGCCAUUGAUGAGAAAGAAGGAGAUGACCAAAUGCUGAAAACAUCCAGAAAAUUUUCCACGUCACCAUGUAAUUCCACAGUUCCCCAGAAGGAGUCCGAGCUACAAAUGACAUCGGCAGCCAGUCCACACCCUGGCUUAUUGCUAGACUUGAAAACCUCUCUAGAAGAUGCACAGGUUGAUGACCCUGUUAAAUCUCAUAUGUCUUAUGAAACAGAAGGCUUUGAGAGUUCUAGCUUGGAUGCAGAGCUUCAAAAAAAUGAUAUCAAUCAGCCCUCAGGCCCUCUCCUGCCUGAACUAAGUAAACUUGGCUUUCCUGCCUCCCUCCAGAGAGAUCUAACCCGGCACAUUAGUUUGAAGAGCAAAACUGGAGCACACCUUCCUGAACCAAACCUCAACAGUGCUCGCCGCAUUCGCAAUAUCAGCGGUCAUCGAAAGAGUGAGACAGAGAAGGAAUCUGGGCUCAAGCCAACCCUACGGCAGAUUCUAAAUGCAUCUCGGAGAAAUGUCAACUGGGAACAGGUCAUUCAGCAAGUAUCCAAGAAAAAGCAAGAGCUGGGCAAAGGCUUACCCAGGUUUGGCAUAGAAAUGGUACCUCUGGUUCAAAAUGAACAAGAGGUCUUAGAUUUGGAUGCAGAGCCUGAUCUGCCCAGUCUAGAAGGAUUCCAGUGGGAAGGUAUUUCUAUUUCCUCAUCCCCUGGGUUGGCAAGGAAGCGAAGCCUUUCUGAGAGCAGCGUCAUCAUGGACAGGGCUCCUUCGGUGUACAGCUUCUUCAGCGAAGAAGGCACAGCCCAAGAAAAUGAGCACCAGCAGUUUGACUCACCUAGUAACUCACUGAGGUCUGUACAGAACCAAAAAGCAGCGAUGACCCUUAAACAGGAAGGGACACCUCUGGCUGCCUCCCUCAGAACAGGCGAAGGGGCUGAAGAUGUUUUUAUCCGGAGGCGACAUAGUACACAGCUAUUACCUUCUGACCGUUUAAUACCCCUGAUGCAUUCAGCAAAAGACCUGAGCAGCCAAGAGAGAUCUACGCCAUCUUCAGAGAAUCAGAAUUCUCAGGAGAGUAAUGGAGAAGGAAACUCGCUGUCAUCAAAUACAUCCUCAGCCCUUGCUGUCUCCAGUUUAGCAGAUGCAGCCACAGAUAGUAGCUGUACCUCUGGUGCUGAACAAAAUGAUGGCCAGUGUAUUCGAAAGAAACGAAGAGCCACUGGGGAUGGAUCUUCUCCUGAACUCCCAAGUCUUGAGAGGAAAAAUAAAAGAAGAAAAAUUAAAGGAAAGAAAGAACGUUCUCAGGUUGACCAGCUGCUGAAUAUUUCUCUAAGGGAAGAAGAACUAAGUAAAUCCUUGCAGUGCAUGGAUAACAACCUUCUGCAAGCCCGGGCAGCACUUCAGACAGCUUAUGUUGAAGUUCAGAGGCUACUUAUGCUCAAGCAGCAGAUAACUAUGGAGAUGAGUGCACUGAGGACACAUAGAAUACAGAUUCUGCAGGGAUUACAAGAGACAUAUGAACCUUCUGAGCACCCAGACCAGAUUCCUUGUAGCCUCACACGAGAACAAAGAAACAGUAGAUCUCAAACAUCUGCCGAUGCCUCACUGCUGCCUACUCCAUUUUUACCAGUUUUUCUGGAGCCUCCAUCUUCCCAUGUAUCUCCCUCAUCCACUGGAGCCCCUCUCCAAGUAACCACAUCUACUUUCCAAGGCCAUGGCAGUAUCCCUGCUCCAGACUCAUCGAUUCAGAUUAAACAAGAGCCCAUGUCUCCUGAACAAGAUGAGAAUGUGAAUGCUGUGUCACAAGGCUCUGCUUGCAGUGUGUCUAAGGAAUUACUGCAAGCAAAUAGAGAGAUGAGUGACAGUUGUCCAGUGUAUCCAGUCAUUGCUGCAACAUCAUCUUUGUCAGAGCUAACAGAAAGUGUCCAUGAGCCUAGCCAAGAAUCGAAGUUUGGUGAGGAGCAAGGGAAUACCAGAAACAGAGAAAACGCUCCCUCUUCCCCAUCAUCCGGUCUUCCUAGUGUAAAUAAAGAGGGUGAAGAGCCAAGCAAAGGCAACAGUGGGUCUGAAGCUUGUACCAGUUCUUUUCUAAGAUUGUCUUUUGCUUCAGAAACCCCUUUGGAGAAAGAACCCCACUCUCCAGCUGACCAGCCUGAGCAACAGGCAGAAUCUACUCUGACAUCAGCCGAAAGUAGGGGAAACAAGAAAAAGAAGAAACUUCGCAAGAAGAAAACUCUGCGAGCUGCCCACGUUCCUGAGAAUAGCGACACUGAACAGGAUGUGAUUACUGCUAAACCUGUAAGAAAAGUGAAAAUUGGAAAGUUAACUAAAGGGGGGAAAGUAACAACCUCCACCUGGGAAGACAGAACCAGUCGGGAGCAGGAGAGUGCCAGAGAUGAGCCAGACAGUGACUCGUCCCUGGAAGUCCUAGAAAUUCCUAACCCUCAGUUAGAGGUAGUAGCCAUCGAUUCUUCUGAAUCUGGAGAAGAGAAACCAGACAGCCCAUCUAAAAAGGAUAUUUGGAACUCUACAGAGCAAAACCCACCAGAAACUUCUCGUUCUGGCUGUGAUGAAGUUAGCUCUACCAGUGAAAUUGGCACUCGCAACAAGGAUGGCGUACCUGUAAGUGUGGCAGAAACUCAGACCGUGAUCUCCGCCUUAAAAGGACCAAAGAAUUCUUCAGAAAUAUCUUCAGAGCCAGGAGAGGAUGAUGAUCCUACAGAAGGAAGCUUUGAGGGACACCAAGCUGCCGUGAAUGCAAUUCAGAUAUUUGGGAAUUUACUGUAUACCUGCUCAGCAGAUAAAACUGUCCGCGUUUAUAAUCUGGUGAGUCGGAAGUGUAUUGGUGUCUUUGAGGGCCAUACAUCCAAAGUGAACUGCCUCCUGGUUACUCAGAACUCCAGGAAGAAUGCUGACCUUUACACUGGUUCCAGUGAUCACACCAUCCGCUGCUAUAAUGUUAAGACCCGAGAGUGUGUGGAGGAGUUGCAACUGGAAGAUCGAGUUCUCUGCCUCCAUAAUAGAUGGCGAAUUCUCUAUGCAGGACUGGCUAAUGGCACUGUGGUCACCUUUAAGAACAACAAACGACUUGAAAUCUUCGAAUGCCACGGCCCUCGGGCAGUCAGCUGUCUUGCAACAGCUCAGGAAGGUGCCAGAAGGCUGCUGGUUGUGGGAUCUUAUGACUGUACCAUUAGUGUGCGUGAUGCGAGGAAUGGACUGCUUCUCCGGACUCUGGAGGGCCACAGCAAGACCAUUCUUUGCAUGAAGGUGGUGAAUGACCUCGUGUUCAGUGGCUCCAGUGAUCAGUCAGUCCAUGCCCACAACAUUCAUACUGGUGAACUCGUGCGGAUCUACAAAGGUCACAACCAUGCAGUGACUGUGGUGAAUAUCCUAGGAAAAGUGAUGGUGACCGCUUGCCUGGAUAAAUUUGUUCGUGUCUAUGAAUUACAGUCCCAUGAUCGAUUGCAAGUUUAUGGAGGACACAAAGACAUGAUUAUGUGUAUGACCAUCCAUAAAAGUAUGAUUUAUACCGGCUGUUAUGAUGGCAGUAUUCAGGCUGUGAGGCUAAAUCUGAUGCAGAAUUACCGCUGUUGGUGGCAUGGUUGCUCUCUGAUAUUUGGCGUUGUAGAUCACUUAAAACAGCACUUGCUGACGGACCACACCAAUCCAAACUUUCAGACUCUGAAAUGUCGCUGGAAGAACUGUGACGCUUUUUUUACUGCUAGAAAAGGAUCCAAACAGGAUGCUGCAGGACACAUUGAACGACAUGCCGAAGAUGACAGCAAAAUUGAUUCAUGAAGUUUUUGCCUCCCAUGUUGGGAAGUUGUUAGUUGAACUUUCUUCACUGGCCCACCCCACGGGUCUCUCACACAGGCCCCUCUUCCUUUCCCCAGUGAGGCAGGGAAGAAGAAAGUGGUUACUAACCACUAGCAUAAGUCUCUGGGCAGCUCUAUGGGAUGAUAUUACACUUCUCAGUUCUCGCUGGAGGUUUUUAUUAGUCAGGUUAACUGGAUCUUAAGAAACCAUACUCCUAUGGGACAGCAUGACAUAUAUAAUGAUUUAUGCUGAGAGCAUUCUCCAUAUGUUUAUUAACAACCUAGAUCUUUAUUGCUUACCUGUUUUGACUCUAAUCAUACGUAUACUUUAUUGAUUUCGGUUUGUGAUUUUUAGUUUAUGUUCUUAGGACAGUUGAACCCUGUAGUUAGGCUUUUAAGUACAAGCUUGUUCAAAUGCUAGAUAUUCAGGAUCAGUUUAGUUUCUUCAGUUGUAGUAACUGUAUCAUUAAAUGGGAAGCAGAUAGUUUCCUUUUCACAAUUAUGUGCCAUGUGCUUCACUAUUCCCUUGCUUUGCAGAUGGACAGGGCUGACUGACAAACAGCUAGAGUGGCUGCUCUGCUGACUGUGUUUUAGGAACUUGGGAAGCAAAUCCCUUAAUUAAAAGUCCUUAUAGACAGUACGUCCUAGUGAAACGCUGUUAAGUUUUGAUAGUGCUCGGCGGGAGGCAGCGCCCAGACAGAAUGUCUGCCUUUCAGAUUUGUUGUGAGACCUGGGCUCUCACUGCUGCUGCUAUGGCCCGGCUGUUUGAACUGGGAGUGGAACAUUAUCUCCCUUUCCGGUUUCUGACUCUCCACGCCUGUGUGGGUUUGCUUCAUUGGCAGCCUGCAUCUCUGCCACUGUCUAGCUGUGCCUCGGCUGGUACAGCCAUCAAGAGUUCCUCUGGACUCACAGGGUGAUCUUCCCACUGAUGGCACCUAUGAUGGGGGAGUUAGAAAAAGCAUCUAACUGCAGUUCUUAGGGCCUACAAGGAGGCUUCCUGGAGGUUUGUUCCUGAAACCAGCAUCUGCCUCACUUCCCUGUUAGCAUGGGAAGAAGAGUGGAGUGAGUAUGGUGACAGGAAAGACUCCCUGUCCAUUGACAACAGCCAAAUUAAGAAAACUUUGAUGGGACUGCUUUGCUUUCAGAUUUUCUCUGGACUCUUACCAGUAAAGUAAGAAUUUUUUCUUCCCAACCUCUUGUUUCAGGAUCCUCAGAACUCAAGAUUUUUCAGAGAGGAGGGGGAGGAGCCCAGUGCCAUAGAUCAUGCUUCCAGGACGUUCUCUAGGAUUGCAGAGAAUCCGGGCCCAUCCCCACUCUUUCUAGUGCACACACAUCAACUCAUCUUCCCUCAAGCUCUAGAGGAGGGGGGCUUCACCAGGAGUUCAUGGGUAGGCUUUAAGAGAGUCUGCAGCUCCUCUGAAACAUACAGGACUAACAGUGUGUGCACUUUUUUCUAGGAAAGGGCUCAGUGGUUCUUACUGGAUCCAGAAAGUACUGGGAACUAGUCUAGGAGAUACUGCUAUUUACUUCUGUUCCACAGCUAUUUAUUUCUGUCCCUGUGAGUGGGAAAACUUUUUUGUUAACACACUAUUGAGAGUUGCAUGACGUUUAGGAGAGAGCAGAGACUUUGUGGCAUAAAGCAUGUUUGCGCUAUUUCUGUGUGAGGUUAAACUCUUCCCCCUUCUGACUCCCAUUGUCUGUAAAGGUGACCAGAGAAGCCAAGCUGUUCUGUGGGUUUGAGCAUGAUGCUUUCCCAGGGAGCACAUUUGGAUUUAUUGCCAAACGGCAUUUUUCUCUGGGCUGAAGUGAAGCCAUGUUUCACGUUGGCUGGGAAGCGUGCUAAGAUAGCAAGCCUUGGAUUCUUUGUUGCAUAGGUGCCCAUCUGUCCUGCCCCAGGACACGUCUGAAAGAUGAGGAUGCGGAGGGCCUUUGCCUAGCAGGAAAGGGGUACGUGAGGUGUCGGGCAGUCGUGGGGAACUUUGAGUAUAUUCAAACUGAUAGGACCGGUUAGAACUACGAUUUGGGUUUAACUUUGGUAGCAUAGUGUAUGUCUCUGCCUCUGUAUGCAUGUAUGGAAGGCCCUUUGUGUGUGUGUGUGUAUGUGUGGGCACCUAGACUUGUACUGUAUUCCUCACUUCAUGAAAGUUUUCUUUGAAGCAUUGAUAGUAAUCUUUGUUUCAAGAGCACAUGAAAUUCUUUAACAUCAGGUUAGUGUGUGAUCUGCAGGGAGCCAUUCUAGCUCUUUUAA